AUGCACAGACUCUCUACCAAUGCAAAAUCUCUUCCUCAAAAUGUUACAAUAUCAGAAUCUCUCAGAUCACCUUCGAGAGAUCAAGCCGUUUCACCUAUUUCGCUGCCUGAACAGCUCUUACUUGACAAUACUUCGUCAGGAAGUCCAUCAAUUGAUUCAGCAUUGAACUCAUCUUCUGGCCAGUUGUCGUAUGACAUUCCUUCCGAAAUUGGUCUUUUAUCUUGGGAGCAAAUUGAUGCCAAUUUUGUCAACUUUCAACCAAGUCUCGCACAUGAUUUUCUGGGUGACUUGGGGCCACAGGACGAAACUCGGCUACAUGAAGGCGUGCCCCCCGAGGUCUUACUCGACAACGACGAUACUGACAGCACCCCUCAGUUUGUUGGCACUACGGGAGAAUUUGAGCCAUAUAUUGGGGAGCGGUUGAUUCGUCUCUACGAACGCUUCAUAGCUCCGCAAUAUCCCAUCUUCUCAACUCAAUCGCGUCCUUCACCCAAAUCAUCACCCACAUAUCUAUUAGCAGCCAUUUACGCUAUUGCACAACCGUUUAUGCAAUUUGAUGAUGUAUUAACACUAGACCUGGCUUAUGAUCCAUUGCCAACUUCGGCCUUAUUACAGAUCUCGCUCAAGGCUUUAGAGUUUGAGAUACAUGGCCCAACUCUUCCUGUUGUUCAAGCUUUCAUAUUGCUCCUUGCGCGGCCCACUCCUCAUCAUCUCAUCUCCGAUUCAUCCUUCAGGUGCAAAUUACUAGGCACCCUUAUCUCAGCGGCUCAUACGCUUGGGUUGCACAUGGACCCUGUUGAGUGGUCUAUUCCUCGCUGGCAGGCGACCCAGCGGCGAAGGUUAUCUUUCAUAAUCUUCAAGAUUGAUACGUGGAUGGCUUCCAGCUUAGGAAGGCCUCCUCUUUUGAAUGAAGAAAACUGGCUCAUCACCUCUAUGUCUGCAGAGGAUGGAUACGGAGCUUGCAUAGACGAGGCGGAUUGGAGAGACUUCAUCCAGCAUGCCCAGCUCGUGUCUACUCUGCGCAGGGUACUCUCUGAACUCCAUUCUUUGAGAGCUUUAUCUCAAUUAUCAUCUAAUAUUCAGCAGACAUUGGGUAUUUCCAUGAAAAUCCUAGAGGAGCUCUCCAUCUGGCAUAAUACUACUAUUAUAUCAUCCUCGGAUGACGCACCAGCAUCUGUAAUCAACUUAUUAGCUUACCACUACACACAUAUCAACAUCUGCCGUGCUCUCUUAAGGUGUCAUGCCACGGAUGGGCAAUCGAAUCCGUCUUCAACUGAUGCUGACAUGCAGCGUGCGCGCCAUGAAGCUGGAAGGUGCCUGUCAAAUGCAUUACUUUUUGUCAAUAAGCUGAAACUCGAUGCAUCUUCUCAGUUUUGGCCAGCUUGGGCGCCAUUGGCCUUUUCUUCGAUCGUCAAUCUCAUGCUGCAUUUGCUCGUAAUGUCAAGCUCAUCAGAGGAAGCCAAGCAGAGAAUGCAGACCGUUCUGGAUACCCGCGACUCACUCAGAAUACGGUCAAAACAAUUACCUAUUCUCCGACUGGGACUCUUGAGGAUUGAUUCUGUAUUCUGGAAAGGUCUAGACCAAAUCUUCGUCUUGCAGCCGCAUAUAUACGAAGCUCUCAGCCCUGAGUUUAUGGGUUUGCGAAACACUGUGUAG